GAAGCAUGUCUUCUCUGAUCUGUUUCAUUUUCCUUUUCCUUUUCUCAUUCAUCACUAGCUUCACAGCUUCUGCUCAAAAUCCUUUUUACCUAUAUCAUAAUUGUUCUAUCACGACAACUUACUCAAGUAACAGCACUUACUCCACCAAUCUCAAAACCCUUUUGUCCUCUCUCUCUUCUCGUAACGCCUCUUACUCCACCGGAUUCCAAAACGCCACUGCGGGACAAGCCCCCGACAUGGUCACCGGACUUUUCCUCUGCCGCGGAAACGUCUCACCUGAAGUUUGCCGUAGCUGCAUCGCCUUGUCUGUUAACGAAUCGUUAAGUCGGUGUCCAAAUGAGAGAGAAGCCGUGUUCUAUUACGAGCAGUGUAUGCUCAGAUACUCUAACCGGAAUAUACUAUCCACUCUAAACACCGAUGGAGGAGUGUUCAUGCAGAACGCUAGGAAUCCUAUAUCAGUCAAACAAGAUCGGUUCAGAGAUUUGGUCUUGAACCCCAUGAACUUAGCUGCCAUUGAAGCCGCGAGGAGUAUCAAAAGAUUCGCUGUGACAAAAUUUGAUUUAAAUGCAUUACAGAGUUUGUACGGAAUGGUUCAGUGCACUCCUGACCUUACGGAACAAGACUGCUUAGACUGCCUACAACAAAGCAUCAAUCAAGUAACCUAUGACAAAAUUGGGGGAAGAACUUUUUUGCCGAGCUGUACGUCAAGAUACGAUAAUUACGAGUUUUACAACGAAUUCAACGUUGGUACACCUCAAGAUUCAUCACCACGACCUGGAAAAGGCGGAAACUCCUCUGUCAUAGUUAUUGCUGUUGUUGUUCCAAUCACUGUCCUUUUUCUUCUAUUCGUAGCUUUUUUUAGUGUCCGCCGCGCUAAGAGAAAAAAGACGAUUGGAGCGAUACCGUUGUUUAAAGUAAAGAGAAAAGAGACGGAAGUCACGGAACCACCUGCUGAAACUACAGAUGGGGAUGAUAUUACGACUGCAGGCUCACUUCAGUUUGAUUUUAAGGCAAUUGUGGCAGCAACGGAUAUCUUUUUGCCGAUUAACAAGCUUGGUCAAGGUGGUUUCGGCGAAGUUUACAAGGGUACAUUUCCUAGUGGAGUACAAGUUGCGGUGAAGAGACUAUCGAAGAAUUCAGGACAAGGUGAAAAAGAGUUUGAAAACGAAGUUGUUGUUGUUGCAAAGCUCCAACAUAGAAAUUUAGUAAAACUGCUUGGUUAUUGUUUGGAAGGAGAAGAAAAGAUACUUGUCUACGAGUUUGUACCAAACAAAAGCCUCGAUUACUUUCUUUUUGACCCUACGAUGCAAGGGCAGCUAGACUGGUCAAGACGGUACAAGAUCAUUGGAGGAAUUGCUAGAGGAAUUCUUUAUCUUCAUCAAGAUUCACGACUCACAAUUAUACACCGGGACCUCAAAGCGGGCAACAUCCUCUUGGACGCUGAUAUGAACCCAAAAGUUGCAGAUUUUGGAAUGGCGAGGAUUUUUGGGAUGGACCAAACAGAAGCCAAUACGAGAAGAGUUGUGGGAACCUAUGGUUAUAUGGCUCCCGAGUAUGCUAUGUACGGCAAGUUCUCCAUGAAAUCAGAUGUGUAUAGUUUUGGGGUCUUGGUUCUUGAGAUUGUAAGCGGCAUGAAGAACAGUAGCCUCGAUCAAAUGGAUGGUAGCAUUAGCAACUUGGUUACAUAUACUUGGAGACUAUGGAGCAAUGGGUCGCCAUCAGAGCUUGUGGAUCCGUCAUUUGGAGAUAAUUAUCAAACAAGCGAAAUUACUAGGUGCAUCCAUAUCGCUUUACUAUGUGUUCAAGAAGAUGCUAAUGAUCGUCCAACUAUGUCUGCAAUCGUCCAAAUGCUCACUACUAGCUCGAUCGCUCUCGCCGUGCCUAGACCACCUGGGUUUUUCUUACGAAGCAAGCAGGAACAAGCAGAAAGAGCAUGUCCAUCUAUGGAUACAUCUGACCUCUUUUCAAUCGACGAAGCUUCCAUUACUAGUGUAGCUCCUCGUUAAAGACAAAACUAUUCAAAAUUUUAAACAUCUGUAAUAUAUGAGUUUAGACUUUUUGUCCAGAAAAUAAGAAAAUGAUAGUCGGAUUUGAAGUUUGGUUCCCUUUAA